AUGGGCACAUGCAGAAACGGUUACGUUUUGUUGCUAGGCAUUUCCUUAUUCCGUUAUUCUUACAACGUCUUCUUUGUCAUCUUCUUUGCCUUCUUGAUCGUUUCUUGCUUGCUCCUUUCACAGGGCAUUGCGGAUGAGGAGAUUGGGGGCCUGGAGAACAACUGGGACCUCAUUGUGAUGAUGGGCUGUCUGCCCAACCUACCCAAGGUGGACCUCCCUGCAAGCACCACUGUGGAGGAUUGGGGUCUCCCCGACCCGGCAGCACACCCUGAACUGAUGGAUUCUGUGAUUGAAAAGAUUGUAGAGAAGGUGAAAGCUAUAUAA